AUGCUAUCUGCUAGAAGAUCGGUAGUAAACCGUGCUAGAAACCUAUCCACAGUUAUCGGUAAUGGUGUCGAACCAUUUCUGCAAGCUCCCGCUGACUUGAAGUCUAGGGUACCGCCAUAUGCCAAACUUAUUUCCAAUCUAGAAGUUGUCAAGAGUCUUGUAAAUGAUGCUCCGUUGACACUGGCUGAAAAAAUCCUAUACUCACAUUUAUGUGAUCCUCAUGAAUCAAUAACAUCCUCCAAUCUAAACGAUAUUAGAGGUCAACAAUAUUUGAAGCUUAACCCAGAUCGUGUGGCUAUGCAAGAUGCAUCUGCACAAAUGGCUCUUUUACAGUUCAUGACUACAGGGUUACCAGAAACAGCUGUUCCAGGUUCUAUUCACUGUGAUCAUCUAAUCGUUGGUAAAGACGGUGAAGCCAAGGAUUUAGUGUCAUCCAUUGCAACAAACCAAGAAGUCUUCGAUUUCUUGCAAUCAUGUUCAUCCAAAUAUGGUAUCCAGUUCUGGGGACCUGGUUCUGGUAUUAUCCAUCAAAUCGUGCUAGAGAACUUCUCUGCUCCUGGUUUGAUGAUGUUGGGUACCGAUUCUCACACUCCAAACGCUGGUGGGUUAGGUGCAAUCGCUAUUGGUGUCGGUGGUGCUGAUGCAGUCGAUGCUUUGACCGGCACGCCUUGGGAAUUGAAAGCUCCUAAGAUUUUGGGUGUUAAAUUAACAGGACACUUAAGUGGAUGGACAUCUCCAAAGGAUGUUAUCACCAAACUGGCUGGUAUCUUAACCGUAAGAGGUGGUACCGGUUUCAUCGUUGAAUAUUUCGGUGAAGGUGUUGGCACUCUAUCCUGUACAGGUAUGGCGACCAUCUGUAAUAUGGGUGCCGAAAUCGGUGCUACCACUUCUACUUUCCCUUACCAAGAAGCUCACAAACGUUAUCUACAGGCUACCAACAGAGGCUUUAUCGCGUCUGCUGCAGACCAAGCUUUGCACCAAUAUAAUUUCCUAAAAGCUGAUGAAGGAGCUGAAUACGAUAAAGUGAUCGAAAUCAAUUUGUCAGAGUUAGAGCCUCACGUAAAUGGACCAUUUACACCUGAUUUAUCUACACCAAUAUCUGAGUUCGGGGAAAAAACUUUGAAAGAGGAUUGGCCACAAAGAAUUUCUGCUGGUUUGAUCGGUUCUUGUACCAAUUCUUCUUAUCAAGAUAUGACCCGUGCUGCUGAAUUGGUUAGACAAGCUUCUCAAGCAGGGUUGAAGCCAAAAAUCCCAUUCUUCGUAACUCCAGGUUCUGAACAAAUUAGAGCAACACUAGAAAGGGAUGGCCUAAUCAAGACAUUUAAGGACAAUGGUGCUAUUGUUCUUGCAAACGCUUGUGGUCCUUGUAUCGGCCAAUGGGAUAGGCAAGAUGUAGCCAAAACAUCCAAAGAAUAUAACUCCAUUUUCACAUCGUUCAACAGAAACUUCAGAGCAAGAAAUGACGGUAAUAGAAACACAAUGAAUUUCCUCACUUCUCCAGAAAUGGUCACAGCAAUGAUUUACUCUGGAGAUGCGCAAUUCAACCCAAUGAAGGAUGCUAUCAAAUUACAGAAUGGCGAAGAGUUCAAAUUCAAUCCACCAAAGGGAGAAGAGCUACCUGGUGCCGGAUUCAUUUCAGGUAGAAAGGAAUUCUAUCCUGAAAAUGAUCCGAAACCUAAUCCAUCCGUGGAAGUUAAAGUUGCUCCAGAUUCCGACCGUCUACAAUUGUUAGAUCCAUUUGAACCUUGGAACGGUAAAGAAUUGAAAACUACUGUUCUUUUGAAGGUGGAAGGAAAGUGUACGACAGAUCAUAUUUCCGCCGCCGGUGUCUGGUUAAAGUAUAAAGGUCAUCUAGAAAACAUCUCAUACAACACGUUAAUAGGUGCACAAAAUAAAGAAACAGGUGAAGUAAAUAAAGCUUAUGACUUAGAUGGAACUGCAUACGGUAUCCCAGAAUUAAUGAUCAAAUGGAAGCAAGAUAAGAGACCAUGGAUUGUAGUAGCAGAACAUAACUAUGGUGAAGGUUCUGCUAGAGAACAUGCUGCAUUGUCACCAAGAUUCCUUGGAGGUGAAAUAAUUUUGGUCAAAUCUUUUGCAAGAAUUCAUGAGACAAAUUUGAAGAAGCAAGGUAUGUUGCCAUUAACUUUUGCAGAUGAAUCUGAUUAUGAUAGAAUCUCUUCUGGUGACGUUAUAGAAACCGUUAAUUUAGCGGACAUGAUUGCUAAGUAUGGUGACAAUGGAGGUACUUUGGACGUUAAAGUAACGAAACGUUCCGGUGAAUCAUUCAUCAUUAAGACUAAACAUACCAUGUCCAAGGACCAAGUUGAAUUCUUCAAGGCAGGUUCUGCAAUUAACUACAUCGGUACUCUACGUCGUUCAGCGGCAUAA